GACCUCUUAUCCAAUCCCAACACUCAAUUGAGAAACUUCUUCUCAUCUCGAAUCACGAAAUAGCAUAGCAAUGUCUCUCGCAGAUGUCGCCCUCGUCCUCGGCGCGCUCACCGCGGGCGGAGGUAUCACUGGUUACGUGCGAACUGGAUCUGUUCCAUCUGUUGCAGCAGGUGUCACUGUAGGAUCGCUGUACAUCCUCGGUGGCCUGCGCCUCAAAAACAACGCAACCUACGGCGUCGAGCUCGCUCUCCUUGCCUCCAUCCUCCUCGCUGGCAGCUCGAUUCCUCGGGCGAUCAAGUCAGGCAAGCCGUUGCCCAUUGGCUUGAGCGUUUUGGCGACACUUGGCCUGUAUGCUUUUGGCAGCGCGUUCCAGGGACGACGGGUAUAGAUCAAGACUAUAGGAAAGAACAAGGAGAUGCAGAGGAAAACCAGCUCGUCAAGGACAUGUAUUCUAAAGCUGUGGAAAAUCAGCGUUUUGAUGUGAUUGUCGAUAUGCGACUUGUGAAUGCGACCUUUGGUGCUUACUGACUCGUUCGCGUAGCCGAUGGAGUUCGACGCCUCUACUAUGGUGUAUCGCUAGGAUGAACAACUUGCCCUCCCUACA